UUAGAACAUCGAUAUCGUUUGUGAUGAUUCACACGUAAUCACCGUGUAACGCGUAAAAGACUGGCAAUAUGAGCUUCUUACGUAAUUGAUUAAUCAUUUUUAAAAUAUUAUUGAUAUCAGGAACUUUUUUCAACCGUUCUUCGCUAGCUUUUCGUAUAUAAUAUCGGAAACUUUGGCACAAGAAAUAUUUUCAAAUCCAUUCUAAUGUCUUUUAUCGUUGGCACGUGACGUGACGUGACAUAACGGCACUAUUAGUUUGCGUUAGACCUCCGGAAAGUGAUGCUUCGUUGUGAUUUCCCUACGAUUGUUUUCAUUUAGCGCCGCAACCGUCCAGCUCCAAGGUGUCGGGUGUUGUUCUUAGCCCGCUCUUACUCGUCCAUGGGAUUUAUCAACGAUGAGUUACGAGAAGUAUCACGGCUCUGCCAAAAUGUCAUCGAUGGAAGCCGGCUUAUUUCUUGCGUGCAAAGUAUGGUCCGCGUCGAAAUAACGAAAACAACAUUUAAGAAACUCGUCGUGUGCAUUCAGUUCCCACAGGAUUAUCCUUCAUCGCCGCUAUUAAUCGAGUUAAAGAGUAAGACUCUGUCUACAAAGUUGUUGGAUGGCCUAACUAAAGUCUGCGAAAAGGAGUGCAAGAAUCUCUUGAAUAAAGCGCAGAUAUUACCGAUUUUAAAGUUCAUAAGGAACUACAUUGAGGAGAAUCCUCUCAUUUGUUGCUACGAAGAGAUCUUAAUAUUGAAAGUACUCCUAACUGAUCGAGACGAGUUUAAGUUGAAGCAGAAGAACUCGACGAUUACUCUGACGGUGAACCAAGGCUUAUACUAUUUUAAAACCAAGCUUGCAGUACCAGAUAAUUAUCCUAUCAGUAACGUCAGUUUGGCAGAUCCCGACACAAACUUUUCACCGUUGCUUACCCGCUAUCUGAUAGGACAAGGAAGGGAAUUAGGAAGACAAUGUGUCGAGCCACCGUUAAGAAAACAGACACAAACUACGCCAUUUACACCAUCCCCGUCUUUGAACACUGUUGCUUCUUUUAUCAUCAAAACCGUAAAAGCUCUUCCGCAAGAGAAUUGCCAACUAUGCAAAGUAACUUGCUUGCCAGCCAACCCGGAGGAAAUUGUGCUCGACGAAAACGCGGAUCUUCACGCCGAACGACUCUAUUGUGGUCAUUUAUUCCACUUACGAUGUCUCGUGACAUUCAUGAAGACUCCGCCGUUCCAUGGGGGUAAGAAAUGUCCAAGUUGCGGGAAACGCGUGUAUCACGACAAAUGGGGAUUAACCGACAAGUUGGCGGAGGCACGUUGGGCUCAUCAGCAAGCACGAGCGAGAGAGUUGGCGGAGGUGGAAGAAUUUUUCAAUUGAAGCCACAUUUCGCGCAUAUUUAUGCACUGUUCAACGAAAGAACCAUUUUAAGAAGCAUAAUAUGACAAUAGACGAUCCAUAUGUAAAACGAAGCAAUUGCAUCAUGGAUAAAAAUGGAACGCUGAAGAGAUAAAAGAGGAAGAAUCGUACGUACGAAGGUACAUACAGGUUUUCCCAUUUAUUUCCGCAAGAUUAUGUGUUCUUCAUGACUAUAUUUGUCGAGCAAAAGAACGGAACAAUGCCGAUAUUCUCUCUGAAAUAUUUUUGGAUGACGAUUCUGAAUACUUUUAAGAGAGACAACUUGACUUCGACGAGAUUUGAAUCCGUCAUAUAGCAAAGAUAAGAAGUGAGCAUCGAUAUUUCUUUAAUCGUUGUUAAGAAACUCUAAUAGUAUGACUCGUUAUGUAACGUGUUCUCGAAGCUAUCAUUAAAUUUUAUGUUUGUAACAUGCAUUAUACAUU